AUGACCUCAGUGUUGAAGUCGGGCGAGCGGCUCGUAACCGGCGAAUUUCGGGCUUCCUUUGUUUACGUGGGGCGGGGCGCGUGGAGUUCAAGGUCAAGAGCGGGCGGGCGGCGCGGGGCGGGCGGGCGGUCGGCCGGAGGCGCUGCACUUACCGGCUUGGAGUCGCCGCUCCUGGAGCUCGAUGAAGCGCGCCGCCUCGAGCAGCGUGUCGAGGAGGCUCAUGUUGGGAGCGCGGGCGGCCGCGCGGUACGAGCGCGCCCGCUGUCAUGCCGCGACUGGCCACGCGCGUGCUGGCGCUCACGUGGCCGCCGGCCCGCCGACCAAUUGCGGCGCGGCGCGGCGGUCACGUGGCCGCGCCGCCCGGCCAAUUGCACCGCUCGGAGUGCGCGGCGCGGGGCGUGCGCGAUCGAUGCCAGUGCGGCCGGCGGCGCGGCGGCGAGCGAUCGACUGUCAACUGUGUCUAGGCAAUACGCA